UCCUCACUGUUGCGCUGGUUCCAACGCAAGCGCUAUCAAUAUGAAGUCACUUUCUCGCUCUACAUGUUGACCCCUACUGAGAAGUUCAUCUUCAACUCCAUCCUCUUCCUCUUCCUCGCCAUGGUCUCGAUCGCCGUUGCACUGUAUCUGCCCCGUCAUGUCAGCAUCAUUGCCCAUUGCGCUUAUUACUACGUCUCGGGCGAU